GGUGUGGGGUGUGUCCGGAGAGUGUGGCUUCCUGACGGUGCGGAAGGAGCAGAGUGAUGGUGAUGAUGAUGGUGGUGAUGGUGCAUGCGGUCGUGGUGUCGAUGGUGACUGCCUCUCUGGGAACGUUGGUGCGAGUACGACGGAAGGCCGCAGACCUGACGCAACUGUGGCCGGACGCCGUCGUCCCCUACACCUUCCUCACGCCGGAGCCGGAGAGGGCCACGGUGAUGAAGGGUCUGGCCCACUGGGAGGAACACACCUGCCUCAGGUUCCUCCCAGUCAACGACACUGACCUCCCACACCUGCAGUUCCGGAAGCUGGCGGGGUGUCGCAGCGGAGUGGGCAUCGAGGGAGCUACCGGCCAGAACAUCUCCAUCGGCGACAACUGCAACAAGGUUGGUAUCGUGGUGCAUGAGGUAGGGCACGCUGUCGGCUUCUACCACGAAAUUCGCAGACCUGACCGCGACGACCACGUGGUCGUCAACGAGAACAACAUCUUGAAGAACGAACUCUUCAACUUCUAUAAACUACACUGGCUGGACAUCUCUAUCAAGUACGACCUCUCCUCUGUCAUGCACUACCACACACUGGAGUGGACAGCCAAUGAGAGGACCACAGUAGCCACGCGGGACCCGACUCUACAAGGGCUCAUAGGCCUGUGGAAGCGAGAGUACAGCAUGGGCCUCUCCCACAGAGACAAGCUCUUGGCCAACACCAUCUACGGCUGCCUCGACGCGUGGUUGGCCAAAUGUAACUUGAACCGGAACCCGUGUGAGAACGAGGGGUACCUGGGCCCCUCCUGCACCUGUGUCUGCCCCCCGGGGACCUCCGGCCGCACCUGUCACCUGAUCACCGGCGGAUACUACGACCACCUGAAGUCACCGUGUAGCUUGGACGUCACCUACCCCACGACCAUCACAUCACCUGGCUACCCUAAUAACUAUGACCCAGACACCUGGUGUGUGUACCAGGUGGAGGCGCCCAUGUGCCAGGCUCCGGAGGUGGUGGUGGUGGACUUCCAGCUGGGGCCCCGCGACUCAAGGGACCAGUGCUUCCAUGACUACCUGGAGGUACGCAACGACUCCCUCUACGACGGCUUCCUGAAGUGUGGGACGGAGGUGGCGCCGGGGACCAGCUGGAAAGCCUCCUCCAGCACCAUGAUCCUCUACUUCAAGGGCGCCGAGGGUGGCUACCGCGGCUUCAAGGUGGAGGUGAGGUUCGCGGACAUCCCCGGCUGCUGCACCACCACCUCCACCUCCACCACCGCCGUCUACCUCCACACCCCCAGCUACCCACACCCCUACACAGCCGACUUCAACUGCACCUUUACACUCCCGAUGGUGGCGCCGGCCAGGGUGGUGGUGAAGGUGGUGAGGAAGGGCGGCGCCCACGCCACCCACCCCUGGACCUGCACACUCAAGCUUUGUCAGCCAAAUGGGAGAUGCUACAGGUACUGUCGGAAGCUGUGGCGAGGGUCUCACCUGAAGGUGGUGUUACCGAACGUGGCCUCCCGCCACCACCUCGACUACCAGGCGGCGACCUCUGCCUUCAACGCGGAGAAUGCUGCCUACCAGGUCUCCUUCACCCUGGAGGAGUCGCCUUGCCACAAGAUCAUGACGGUGAACCGAUCAGACCCGCGCGGCAGGAUCAGUGUUGGGCCUCGCCUCUCGGACGCUCUCCAGUGUGAGUGGUGGAUUCAGGCGCCUCGCGGAAGCCACGUGACGGUGAGGGUGGAGGACCUCUACCUUCCUGGAGACAAGGACUUCUACCUGGCCGUGGACGAGGCCGGGGACGCCUCCUACCCGGCCCCAACCACCAGAGUCUUCUACAACCUCACUCUCAAACAGUUCGUCUCCCUCGAGCACAAACUCGCUCUCGUCCUCCAGGGUGACCACCUCACCCACCUCACACUCAAGUAUGAGCUGUACGAGUGCCGGGACGAGGACGAGGAGUGCGAGUACUGGGCGGUAGGCGACGAGUGCCGCAGGAACCCUCUCUGGAUGAUGGAACACUGCAGGAGGUCCUGUCUCAAAUGUGACUACUCCACCAGCUGCGACGACGCCCACACUGACUGCCAGUUCUGGGCCGACCACGACCAGUGCCUCGAGAACCAUGUGUGGAUGAAUGUACACUGCCGCCGGGCGUGCGGGUACUGUGAGGCGUGCUGGGAGGCCAACAGGCUGUGUCCGGAGUGGGCGGCCCUUGGCGAGUGUGAAGACAACCCCGACUACAUGCGGCACUACUGCAGGAGGUCCUGUGGUCUCUGUGAGGACGAGGAGACGCCCACAUCACCCAUUACGCUGACGGUGGUAGAAACCUCAACUUCCGGCAGCACUAACACGUCGUCUGAGAGGCCAGGACCCAUAAGGCUGCCUCACCACCACAAGAGGAAGUUCCCAAACGGGACCCGAACUACCACAACAACACCAGUCGGAAAACACUCAUCCUCGAAACGUCCCGAAGAGAAUGAAACUACGAAUAAAAUUGAAACAAACAUGAUCUUGAAACCAAUGAAGGGUAAUCGCAAGCCAAGCAAGCCAAACAGGAGUCGCUAUCCGCAACCUCCACCAAGAUCACAUCAACCCGUUGAGCGCAGUCGGAAGUACAAUUCAGCCCUCGACAAGAAGAAGCCUCAUAGGCUCAAAAACAAGCCCUUGUUCUCUCAGUUCUCCAAAUAUAAUCAGAGUGUUGAGCUCCACGCCAAGAAACGAACCCCUAAAACACGAAGGUACAGUAAUAAAACCUCUGAACCAUUUGGCGGCAGAGGAGCAAUCAAACAAUUAAAUGAGCUCACUCCUCUCACAACAGUUGCCCAACUACCAACCAAAACCUCUAAUGUAAGUAGAGAUCUAGCGAAGAAAAAUUAUCUCAGAACCACAAGUCAAAAACCAAGUAUUUAUACAAAAAAUCAAGGAAAUCCUGCACCGUUUAGAGUAGAUAAAGUAUCGCCAAGUGCCCCUACGGCAGGGAGGGUUACCCCGACCUCUCUUACCACAGACUCACUGCUUCCUACAGCAGACCCGAUAAUACCAGCCUCCAUCAAGGUAGUAAAAGAAGCUCCAGCAUCUGUCCUUACAGACCGGCGGACACAACUGCCUCUAACAUCAGUUAAUCGGACACAAGUAUCCCGGAAAAAAGCUGGUGACAAAAACAUAGCUCCUCCCUUUCAGAAUUCUCACAGCACUUCUUUAAAUGCGUCUGUAGAAGAAGCUAUGAGAAACUCCGAAGUCCCCGGGGAUCCUACAGCGGUGUACAAGUCACAAGGGACAUACGAGGAGCGGGAGGAGUCGCCAAGACAGUCAGGUCCCCGGAGGGCGGUCUGCGGGGAAGGUGAAUCAAGACGACGGUGCGAGAGUGGUCGGAAGCGUCCACCGAGCCCUCCAGAGUCUAGGAACAAGAAAGAGACGCUCCUCAGCAUAUACCACAAGAAUCACCACGGGAAAAAUGCCACAUGGAAGAGAACCAACGAUGUUUCCCCAACUGUCGCGUCAAGAGAAUCAGGCAAAAAUAAUUUAGAUAACGGAGUGAAGAAUAAAAGGAAAAUUUCACAUAAGAAACACAAAAGCAAAGAGAGAAACACAAAUGGAGAAAGAGGGAUGGAAAAACGGAUUCGGAAUAGAAUUAAAGAAAAAUUCAAGAGGAAGAGAGGCAAGUGGGGCGGCCGGCCAAAGCGUCCUGGUGAAGGCAAGGAGGGGAAGAGAGACGGUGCAAGAAAUGACGACCAUAGAAGAAGAAAUAGGCAAAGAAAUGGUGGAGACGGCUCCAACCGCAGGUCGUUUAACGGUCGACGUCGUUCAGAUCUUCACCAAAGGAAACGCGAGGAUGCGACGCUAAAAUCGGACCCAUCACCAGGCAACAUUCUGCCAAAGGUCACUUCAUCAACACGCAUCACCCACUCCCCACCUACCACCCAUUCCAUCCCUACCACCCACUCCACCCCUACCACCUACUCUCCACUCACGACCCACUCCACCCCUACCACCUACUCCCCACCUACGACCCAUUCGUCUCCCUACUGGUCACCUAGGCUGUCCAACAGCACGAUCUACGAUAAUCUCCUGAGCACAAUCCCCUGGUCGUUUCUAACGUCAUCUACCAUUACCCUGAAUGUCUCUAGGACCAUAACUCUCCCCCGGCAGCCAGAGCGGACAAUUAGAGUGACGCCCAUUAGGGCUAUCACGCCCACGACCGGAACCACACUUACCGGCGGGACCACGCCCACCAUUUGGGACGUGCCAACCAUGAAAGCCAGGCCGACCGCCUCCUCGGGUCAGAGGGUGGAGGCUCCCUCACUGGUCGUACCGGCGCCCCACACCUCCCUCCCGCGGGCAAGGAAAGGUCACAGAGUGAGGGUUGAGGAGCCUCAGCAUGCGGAUUUACAUACCUCAGGAACGACUGAAAGUCAGCAAGAAGACGAGGACCUCACAACGUCCCAGCAGCCAGAAGAAGAGGACGUUCCAGCACCACAAGACCUACACAGAAACAGUGUUGGCACACCUGCUCGUCUUCUUACAGACAAAAACAACAAAUCCAGUAAACACGACCUGCUCACCAAGAGGCGACGCUUAGCAAGCCACCGAAAAGACAUCCGCCGCCUCCAUGAAAAGAGGAGACGUUUAUCCGAGCCCACAGUUGAGGAAACAAAGCAAGACACAAGCGCCAAGGUAUCUAGAAGACAAAAUUAUGACCAGAGCGAAUCACCCAAAUGGCUGGGAGAUAUUCAUAGAGUGUCGCUGUCGCCUGCGCGACGACACCAACCACAAGACUCCCGGAAUAACAACGUCUCUCAACGGAGAAAUUCUCACCUUCCUCGGACUAGACAAAAUCAAAGUAUUUCUAAGCGAAAUCGCCGACCUUCUCACGGCUUCCCGACAGGACCAUCGUCUGUAACGGCUUACCAUCUCCCUCAGCAAACACCGAGCACCAGGAUACACUUAAUAGACGAUGAUUUUCAGGACGAAGCACAGUUAGGGAAAAUACAUGUGAGUGACCAGAGGCCAAUACAGACGCACACGGAUGACCAGGGUACGACGGAGGCGAACGUGGGUGACCACGGUACGACGGAGGCGCAUGUGGGUGACCACGGUACGACGGAGGCGCAUGUGGAUGACCACGGUACGACGGAGGCGCAUGUAGAUGACCAGGAUUCGACGGAGGCGCAUGUGGAUGACCAGGAUUCGACGGAGGCGCAUGUGGGUGACCACGGUACGACGGAGGCGCAUGUGGGUGACCACGGUACGACGGAGGCGCAUGUGGAUGACCACGGUACGACGGAGGCGCAUGUGGAUGACCACGGUACGACGGAGGCGCAUGUGGAUGACCAGGGUACGACGGAGGCGCAUGUGGAUGACCAGGGUAUGACGGAGGCGCAUGUAGAUGACCAGGGUACGACGGAGGCGCAUGUGGAUGACCAGGAUACAAUAGAGUCGCGUGUAGAUACAACAGAGACACAUACAGAUGAAGAGGGAAGAAGCGAGACCCAUAUAAAUGACGAAAGAACCGCGGAGGGAGCCCCAGGGUUCGUGCAGCCACCUCGCCGCUCGCACGAGAGCUACGCUGACUGGGGCGUCGGUCCUGUCAGGCCACAGCUCUACUCUCUGGGGCGACCUCCACGCCCCGGCUGGAAGUUCAGGCGCGGGUUCUACCGGCGAGAUCACAUUUACGAGGACAUCUGGCCUCCCUCCUCCCCCCCGAGACCCCUGCGAGACCGGGGUCCCUCGAGGACAUAUGCUCAGAGGCCGCCCCACUCGAGACACCAGAGGAGAAGAGCGGUACACAAGGAGGCCGACUGAGAGGAGGAGAGUCAGAAUUUAGGAAGCUUCAUGUGGAAUUUAUCUUUCUUGCCUUUUCAUUAUUUACUAGUUUAUCUGUGUUCUUACUGAACUCAUUUUCUAAAUGUGUGUUGAUUCCUACUUCAUGUUCCGUCUAUCUACUUCUUUCUCGAUCACUGCCAUUUUGUUUAAAAUUAUUUGAUUUUUGUCACUGAUCUUUUUUUUUGGGAUUUUCUGAGUCAAUUGAGGUUAACGUCUAUUAUGAUUUCUUUAAAUUUCUUCAGCUUCUCGUUCUGUACGUUUCCUCAGACAUCUUCUCCCAUGUGUUAAGCCUCAUCGCUAUCGUUGUCUCCUCCUCCUUCUCCUCUCCGAGGGGCUGGAGCCAGCUCCCUUGCUGAAGACGUCUGUCAGAUUUUUCAGCCUGGUGAAACUUUCCAAAUGAGACCAUACAGCGAGACCUCUCGCUCAUACUAGCCCUGAUAGCGAGACCACGUUCGCAUCCGUGACUAGACAGCGUUGAGGCCUCUCCAUGCGAUCACCAGGGACCAAAGAGAGAGGAUUAUCCCUCACCCUAGACUAAACAGCAAGACCUUACCCCCACUGAGACCAAAGAACGAGACCUCGCCCUCACAGGAGACCAGACAGCGAGGGGCCUCUCUAUCCUCCCCCAACCCCCAACUCUCAGGAUCUGGCCCAGACUGCAUCCAUCAAGCGGCAGCAACAUUAACCAAACGUCUCUGAAAAACCGAAGCUUUCACGAAGGUUAACUUUCUCUGUCAAACAGCAGCGUAUACUUCACCAUAAGGCACGACCGCUGGCCCGCGUCCCGCCUCGCAAGAAGUCCUCAGAGAAAGUAUCGACCGUGAUUUGACUUCGUGUGUCUCCUCUCGAAAUAAUUUUUUGUUCCUCACUGAAUACCAGUAAAUGUAAUAUGGCUCCUGUAAAAUUGCCAGAAACAUAGAUGACACAAAGGUAAUGGAUAACGGAGACGUAACUUACGAGGUCUCAUAGGAUCUGACCCUUCACCUUGCGUGAGUUCUAAAUCCAGAGUUUUCACUGAGAGAGAUCCAAGCCCUUUUAUAAAAGUCAUUUAUAAUGAAUCACUCUUGGGUCGUUAAAGGUCUAAUGAUGCCAUAUUGAAUCAUUUUAUACCACUGCUUCCAAUACCCCCCCCUCCUUGAUGAGGUCAAAUUAGCGUGUCACUGCCACUAGAGUGUAGAACAUGUCAUACUGAGACCACACGUGUGGCGCACCGGCUACAAGUGCGGACACAGGCUACAGGUGUAGACAGGAGCUACAGGUAUAGACAGGGGCUACAAGUGUAGACAGGAGCUACAGGUGAAGACACAGGUUACAGGUAUAGACACAGGUUACAGGUGUAGACACAGGCUACAAGUGCGGAAACAGGCUACAGGUGUAGACAGAGGCUACAGGAGUAGACACGGGGUACAGGAGUAGACACGGGCAACAGGUGUAGACACGGGCAACAGGUGUAGACAGAGGCUACAGGAGUAGACACGGGAUACAGGUGUAGACACGGGCAACAGGUGUAGACAGAGACUACAGGAGUAGACACGGGAUACAGGUGUAGACACGGGCAACAGGUGUAGACAGAGGCUACAGGAGUAGACACGGGCAACAGGUGUAGACAGAGGCUACAGGAGUAGACACGGGCAACAGGAGUAGACACGGGCAACAGGUGUAGACACGGGCAACAGGUGUAGACAGAGGCUACAGGAGUAGACACGGGCAACAGGUGUAGACAGAGGCUACAGGAGUAGACACGAGAUACAGGAGUAGACACGGGCUACAGGUGUAGACAGAGGCUACAGAAGUAGACGGGCUACAGAUGUAGACAAGGGGUACAUGUGCAGACAUGGGCUAGAGACGGGAACAGGGGAUACAGGUGUAGACACUGAUUACAGGUGUAAACAGGGGCUACAGGUGUAGACACGGGCUGCAGGUGUAGACAGGGGCUACAGGUGUAGACACGGGCUACAGGAGUAGACACGGGCUACAGGUGUAGACAGGGGCUACAGGUGUAGACUCAGUGACAUCAUCAAUUCCUGUUCUGGUAUUUCACAGAACAAACUGUAUAUUUCAUAUUUUCAUGUAAAUAAAAAUGUUUACUAUUUCUAAUAUAUCUGUGAAUAUUAAUCGCAUAUACGUGAUAUAUAAAUUAUGUGUAUACUAAUAAUAUAUAUACUGUAAGUGUAUAUUAAUCAUAUAUGUAAAUAGGUAUAGUUUUGUCUUAAAUCCCAACAUUAUGCAUAUGUAUAAUUACUUACAUAAAACAGCUGUUAAUAAGAACAUCAGCCCAUUACAUAUGUAUAUCCACAAGGAAUAAUUAAAUGUUACUGAUUAUUCGUGAUAAUUAUGAUACAAUAUAACACA